AUUCUUCGUCCCUUUCUCUCGCCUUCACCGAAUUAGGGUUUACAGGUCCCUUCUCUCUCGUCAAUUAAUCAGACAUGGGAGGAGGCAACGGUCAAAAAGCCAAAAUGGCUCGCGAAAAGAACUUGGAGAAGCAGAAGGCCUCCAAAGGCAGCCAAUUGGAUUCAAACAAGAAGGCCAUGUCGAUUCAGUGUAAGGUAUGCAUGCAAACAUUCAUGUGCACAACAUCUGAGGUGAAGUGCAAGGAGCAUGCUGAGGCAAAACACCCAAAGUCUGAUCUAUAUGCGUGCUUCCCUCAUCUUAAAAAGUGAUCAAGCUGGGGGAGAAGCGCCAUUUAGACUGAUGGCAAGUAUCAGCUAUCAUCAGUAUGUGAAGCUUCAACUUCUAUUAUUUUGAAGUUAGGACGGUGUGAGGGUGAGGGAGUAAUGAAUCUUCGUGUCUUUUUAUAUUGAGAAUUGAUUGAUUCCUGCAUCUCUGUAAAAGGAUCCUGAAUGGAGGUGAUCGCUUUUCAAAUUUGGUUAUAAUGAAAAUGUUCCGUCUCU